AUGAAUGCAACAUGCAGUCAGCUCUCGGAAGAGACUAGCGCUCCUGAUGACCCAGCUGUUGGUUAUCCCUGCCCUGCAAAGCUGCUUUGUUUGCUCGACCCGCAAUGUAAAGAGCGGCGGGCCAAUGGAAACUUGGCGAUUGAAAUCAACACUGUUCGACUUGUCCUUGGCAGACUGCCUAAGGGGCGAAAUGAGCUCCUCGACAAACCAGCCAGUGGAUGCCUCAACUUCGUUCCCGUCGUCACCGAACAGCCCUCGGAACCCCGCCCAGGACACGUCGUCCGUCGACUGCCAAGUCUAGGGUGCACCCUUAUCAAUCUCGGCGGACGCCUUGCACCCCCCCUUCCUCUCGACCUCACCUGGUACGUGCUGCCUCGUCGCAGCCAUAUCGCCGAGCAUCGCCUGCAGCGACAAGCGAGUAAUUGUCCGUCCAUCAUCUUCUAUUGGCAGGCAAGCAGUACCUCAUCAUCGGUGCCGUUCAGGCUCAAUCUUCAGCCCGUCGGCCAGCUCUCUGAGACAAAGGACCGCCCCGCGGUCCCGCGGUCUCGUGCUCGUCGCCAGCCCUAUCCUUCUCGGGCUGUCUACGUGUACGCGCAUUCUUGGACAGCCGUCUGCUCGAUCCUCGGACCCCAGCAACUCCCGCACAUCGCCUGUCGCCUCGGCCGGUGUCGCCGGUGUUGCACCCUCAUGCUUUCGGCAAAACCGACAGUCUCGUGCAGGUCAAAUAGCCCCCCGGCCGCUUCCAUGGCCUUGAGCCAAACGGCGUCCUCCAACCCUCAGACGGCCCAAGAUCGGGAGCCCAGCUCUGCGCGCACCGCACUGCCGUCCCGUCCCAUGUCGGUCAGGACCCACGACAGCAUGGAAGUCAACUCCCCUCUGCCCGGUGGCAAAGGGAACAAGGCUCCCAAGAGCAACGGCAGCGCCUCGCCCGAACCGAACGGCAGCCCUCGGAACGAAGUCGCCAGCACUUCCAGGGGCCCAAGUCCCGCGUCGACGGUGGGCGAUGGCAGCUUGAAAAUAGUCGCCGGUCAAGCCGGCCAGGUUUGCAGCAAUUGUACGACGACGCAAACACCUCUCUGGAGGCGGUCCCCUCAGGGCGCCAUCAUCUGCAACGCGUGCGGGCUCUAUCUGAAAGCGAGAAACACGCCUCGACCAACGAAUCUCAAGAAGCCGCCAGUCGUCGUGCCGGCGGGACUUCCCUUGCCCGUUUCCGACGGCACAGGCUCGAACUCGAACGUCGCCGGCGCCACCUACGUCUCCUCGGAGCAGACCCCUGCGGGAUCCUGCCCCGGCGGAGGACGCUGCAACGGAACAGGCGGUGCCGAGGGUUGCAGCGGUUGCCCGGCAUACAACAAUCGCGUGUCCAAGAGCGCGCAGCUCAACGUGAUGCAGGGGCUCCAAGGCUGCGGUGGUCGACUCGAAUCGCUGAAGCCCGAGCCGGCGACGACGGACGACGACGGGCCCAAGGUUGUCAUAAGCACCGUCGUCAUCGCGUGCCAGAACUGCGGGACCACGGUCACGCCGCUUUGGCGAAGGGACGAGAACGGGCAUACGAUCUGCAACGCGUGCGGUCUCUAUUACAAACUGCACGGCAUACAUAGGCCGGCGACGAUGAUGAGGGGGAUCAUAAAAAGGCGCAGGCGAGCCGUGCCCGCCUCGGCGGAGAAGGAGGAGCAGGAGUCGUACGAAGCUCAGAGCCAGGGAACGACGCCCGAGAGGGGAACGGAAAAUGAUGAUGGAUCCGUCAACCUGGGAUCGAAAUCGAAACCCGACCAGCCCGAGCCGGCAGCAAGCCAACAAUCCGGCAGCGGCGGGUACCGGCGCCUAGCUCCGGUACCGGGCAAUGCCUUCCACGACGGCAGCGCCAUGGUGCCCGCGGUGCCGAGUAUGCCGACACCGGAUAGACGCUCGUCCACGUCGCCAUCGUCUCUGCUCUCGCCAAGCCGCAAACGAUCGUUUUCCGCAACGGUGGCGGAAGCAGGCCUCGCGAAAGAGCAUGGCCACGAGGUCCCCCAGCGGCUCGAACCCAUCAGCUCUAUACUGAAUCCCCACAUGACCUGUGAUCCCGGCGGCAGCAUGGCCGGGGGGGACUUUAGGCUGCCUCCUCUUCGAUCCGAGCCCGGCGUGGCGUUUGCCAGCAACCCGUGGCCGUUGGCCAUCCUGGAACCUUCCCCGGACCGUGGCAUGGCGAGCGAAGUGGCGCAGCAUGCUCAGCACCCGGGCAAAUGA